CUACACUUUUAUGUGAUGCAGCAAGUGAAUCAUCUGCACACUGUGGAGUCAUCAGGAGGUUAGAUUUGAUUUGAUGCUCUCUCUCAGUUGACAGCAGGUCUGCAGAAGAAAACUCACACCACCUGAGUCCUGAUGUUUGAACUUUAAGUUUGCAUGACCUGAGUGAUGGCUCGUCUUGUUGCCGUGGUCGGAGGGGGCAGUUCAGGUCUGGCCUGCAUCAAGUGCUGUCUGGAUGAGGGGCUGCAGCCCGUCUGCUUUGAGAGCAGCGAUGACUUGGGGGGUCUGUGGAGGUUCAAGGAGAAUCCAGAGGCGGACAGAGCCAGCAUCUACCACUCUGUCAUCAUCAACACCUCCAAGGAGAUGAUGUGUUUCAGUGACUUUCCCAUCCCGGCACACUUCCCCAACUACAUGCACAACUCCCUCAUCAUGGACUACUUCAGGAUGUACGCCGACCACUUCCAGCUCACCAAACACAUCCGCUUCAACACCAAAGUGCUGCAGGUGAAGCAGAGGUCAGAUUUCUCUCAGUCUGGUCAGUGGGACAUCGAGACGGAGAACAAGGAGGGUAAAAAGGAGAAACACAUUUUUGAUGCAGUGAUGAUCUGUAUUGGACACCAUUGUCAACCCAACCUGCCCCUACACGACUUCCCAGGCAUCGACACCUUUAAAGGACAGUUCUUCCACAGCAGGGACUACAAGACUCCGGAGCAGUGGAGGGACAAAAAGGUGGUGGUGAUCGGGAUAGGAAACUCCGGAGGAGACAUCGCAGUGGAGCUCAGCAAAGUCACCAAACAGCUGUGUCUGAGCACACGGAGGGGGGCCUGGAUCCUGAACCGAGUGUCAGACGGAGGAUUUCCUCGUGACGUCUUCAACACCAGAGUGCUGAAGUUCCAGCGUCAGACCCUCCCGUUUGGAUUCAUCUGCAAUGCCGCAGAGAGACGUCUCAACCACAGAUUUGAUCACAGUCUGUACAACCUGAAGCCAAAGCACAGGUUGUUCAGCCAACAUCCCACAGUGAACGACGAGCUUCCAAACCGCAUCCUGUCAGGUACCGUUCAGGUGAAACCAAACGUGCGCAGGUUUCAGGGCUCCAGUGUGGAGUUUGAUGAUGGGAGUGUGGUGGAGGACGUGGACCUGGUGGUGUUUGCCACAGGUUACAGGUUCUCCUUCCCGUUCCUGGCCUCUCAGGUGCUCUCAGUGUCUGACAACAAAGCAUCUCUCUACAAGUACGUGUUUCCUCAUGAGCUGCAGCGCCACACACUGGCCAUCAUCGGCCUGGUGCAGCCACUGGGAGCCAUCAUGCCAAUCUCUGAGAUGCAGGCCAGGUGGGCCACUCGAGUCUUUAAAGGGUGCGCAAAGCUCCCCUCAGUGGUCGACAUGAUGAAAGACAUCCAGUGCAAGAAGAAGACCAUGGCUCAAAGGUAUGUGAGCAGUCAGAGACACACCAUCCAGGUGGACUACAUCAGCUACAUGGAUGAGAUCGCAGAGCAGGUGGGGGUCCGACCAAGCGUACUGAGGCUGCUGCUGACCGACCCCAGGAUGGGACUCAACGUGUUGCUGGGUCCCUGCACGCCAUACCAGUAUCGUCUCCAAGGCCCUGGAAAGUGGGCGGGGGCCCAUCAGGCCAUCCUCACCCAGUGGGAGAGAGUGGCUCAGCCCAUGCAGACCCGGCCCUGCCCAGCAGCUGAACCCCACAGGUCGUUUCUGUGGCCCCUGAUGGUGUCAGCCGCCGUCGUUGGCGUGGCCUUCUACAUCAACAGGAACAAGCUUCCAACUUUCCUCCAAGAUCCCACUGAGCUGCUGGAGAGGAUCAAAGUCUUCAUGCCUGCUCUGUGAAAAUUUCAUACUGGUUUAUCACAUACUGGUUUGUUUAAAUACACACCCAGUGCAAAAAGCCAAUUAUUACAGCAGAAACAAGCAUGUUAACAACAGAGUUCAAAGAAUGAAAACAGGUCUGAUUAGCCUGUCUCGAUCAGCACACACUAUAGGGGUUGAAUUUUUUGACAACUCAUCCAUUUUGAUUUUAUGAAGGAUAAGAGUUAUUAACAGUAUGACGCGUAGCUGACCAUAUUAACAGGAGGGCUAAAUGUAACGGUUUGUCAAGAGGCUGAAAACUCGCCUCAGCUCCAUCUCUCAACCUGUCGUUUUCUUGAUUGAAAGUUGGGUUGAGACAGCGUUUCGAGCAUGGCUACUAACCAUAGAUUGGACUCCAAAGCCCCCUGCAGUAACAGAAGGACGAAAUCAGUCAGGCGAUUAGUUAUGUUUUCAUGUUCACUGUGAAAAACACAUUUCCCAUAGGGGCAAUAGAGGCUUCAUUCAUUUUAAAUGAAAUCAUGUCUUAAAGGAUUUGGUUUAUACUUGUAUUUUAUACAUGUUCACCACAUACCUUAUCACUUGUAGGAGAUACACACUGACUUGUUUUUCUUUACAUUGCUUUAAAAAUAAUUCUUUUUCAUAUCAGUAUUUUUGUUGAAUGACACAUUUACCUUACAUGGAUGUAACACAGCUUUAAUUAUGUUUUAUUAUUGUCUUUGUAUUGUAUGAUUACAAAGGUCUCUCUGUCAUUGCUCUGUUUAAUUUUCCUCAGUUUUUCAUACAGAAUAAAACAAUUUCUUUUUAUGGGGGGGUUCUUAAUAAUAAACUUAAUUUUUUUAAAUUCA